AGUAUGAAAUAAUUUAGGUGUAGCGAGCUGUGACACUAAGCGAGACUCGGAGACCCCCUUUUCGUGUCUCUUUUUGGCCCCCAGCAACGGUAGGGGGGGGCGGGGGCAGGCUCCGCCGGCAGCCGCCCAAUGAGACGCCCUCCCGGGCAGACGUCUCGGUUGGCGUUCGGCACGUUCGGAGGGUGAAGUGUGGCGAGCGUGUUGGAGUCACGACGCCACGCAGCUCGGCAUGACCCGCAAGUGAAUGCGUCACCAUUUGGGUUUUUUUUUUUUUUUUCCUUUUUUUCUGGGAUGACAUGAGAGUGGACGUCAUUCCCGCACCUCCACGCGCUGCUUUCUAAUCCACUCGCUUCUUUUUUCUGGAGGUAACGACACUUGGGUUUUUUUUGGGGGGGGGGUGUUUGUUUUUUCUGAGCUACAUAAUUUCCCAGUUGUGUGUGUGUGAGAGAGAAUUUAAAUUCUGCAGUUGAGGAGCGUCGUGAUCCCCCCCCCCCACCCCCUCUUGUAUUUUUUUUGUCCUCCUGGCGUGUGCGUGGAUGUGCGCGCGCCCGCUGACGUCGAGCCGCCCCACCACCAGCCGCCGCCGCCACACUCGGCGCGCUCCUGAGCGAUGGCGUCCCCGGGCUUCUGGUCCCUAGGUGCGGGGGACAAUUCGGGCAGCCGGAGCCCCAACACGCCCCGGGCUUGGUGCCAGGCGGCGGCCCAGAAACUCUCCGGAGGGCUCGGAUCCAAAUUAUGUGCGCUCCUGAACGUGGCGGAGGGCGACAAAGGCGGCGCCGAGCCCCCCGCCGCCACGCGGCAACCGGACGCCGCGGACGGCAGCUGCGGAUGCAACAAAAGCUGCAACUGCACCAAAGACGCCGUCCGAGGCUUCUCCGACCUCUAUUCAACAGACCUCCUGCCGGCCCUGGACGGCGACGCCAAGACGCUGAGCUUCCUGCAGGAGGUGGUGGACAUCCUGCUGGCCUACAUCGUGGAGUCGUUUGACCGCGACAGCAAAGUCAUCGACUUCCACUACCCCAGCGAGCUGCUGCAGAACAACAACUGGGAGCUGCAGCACGAGCCCAGCACGCUGGACGACAUCUUGAUCAGCUGCCGCGCCACGCUCAAGUACGCCAUCAAAACAGCCCACCCCAGGUACUUCAACCAGCUCUCCACUGGAUUGGACAUGGUGGGCCUGGCAGCUGAUUGGCUGACGUCCACCGCCAACACCAACAUGUUCACGUACGAGGUGGCGCCGGUGUUCGUGCUGCUGGAGUACGUGACGCUCAAGAAGAUGCGCGAGAUCAUCGGCUGGCACGACGGCCGCGGCGACGGCAUCUUCUCGCCCGGUGGCGCCAUUUCCAAUAUGUACGCCAUGCUGCUGGCCCGCUUCAAGAUGUUCCCUGAAGUCAAGGAGAAAGGAAUGUCAUCCGUUCCCCGGCUGGUGGCCUUCACCUCCGAACAUAGUCAUUUCUCCAUCAAGAAAGGAGCAGCGGCUUUGGGCAUCGGCACCGAGAGCGUCAUCUGCAUCAAGGCCGACCAAAGCGGCAAAUUGAUCCCCGCUGACCUUGAGCGGCGAAUUGUGGAGGCCAAACAGAAGGGUUUCGUGCCGUUCUUCGUGAGCGCCACGGCGGGCACGACGGUGUACGGCGCCUUCGACCCGCUCGUCGCCAUUUCCGACAUUUGCAGGAAGUACGACGUGUGGAUGCACGUGGACGGUGCGUGGGGAGGAAGUCUGCUCAUGUCCCGGAGACACCGGUGGAAGUUGGACGGCGUUGAGAGGGCCAAUUCGGUGACUUGGAACCCGCACAAGAUGAUGUCGGUGCCGCUGCAGUGUUCUGCCUUGCUGGUACGCGAGGAGGGCCUGAUGCAGAAGUGCAACCAGAUGCAGGCCUGCUACCUAUUCCAGCAGGACAAACACUACGACCUGUCGUACGACACCGGCGACAAGGCGCUGCAGUGCGGGCGCCACGUGGACAUCUUCAAGCUGUGGCUCAUGUGGAGAGCCAAGGGUACCGUCGGCUUCGAGGCGCAGAUCGACAAGUGUUUGGAUCUGUCCGAGUAUCUGUACAACAAGAUCAAGGACAGGGAAGGAUACCAGAUGGUCUUUGACGGAAAACCUCAGCACACCAACGUUUGCUUCUGGUAUCUCCCGCCUGGGAUGCGCUACAUGGAUGACACAGACGAGAAGAAGAAACGCUUGCACAAGGUGGCGCCAGUGAUCAAGGCGCGCAUGAUGGAGUACGGGACCACCAUGGUGAGCUACCAGCCGCAGGGGGACAAGGUCAACUUCUUCCGCAUGGUCAUCUCCAACCCGGCCGCCACCUUCCAGGACAUCGACUUCCUCAUCGAGGAGAUCGAGCGUCUGGGCCAGGAUCUCUAACUCGCUAUGCUUGAUUUCCUUCCAAAACUCACAGUAUAUUUGCCAUUUUCAAGUUAUAUGCAGUGAACCCCCGUUUAUUGGAUAAGUUCCAGACCCACCCGCAAUACAGAGAUACUAUAAUAUUUUGAUUGUUGUUUUACCCCUGCCACAUGCUUAAUACGCAUUUAAUCUUAGCAAAACAUACUUUUCAAAGUACAGUUGGUAAUUCACUUCUUGCAGAUUCACAUAUUCACAAAUGUUUGGGGGAACCUGUCCGUUAUUAUGUUAUUUGCUGUUUUUUUUUGCUCAUGCCAAAGUCCUAUCUAAUACAAAAGUCAUGCUUUGCUGCCAUCUCGUGGCAUCCAUUGGCAGUUAUAAACCUUUCUGCGGGGGAAAUUGGUGGAUUUCCACUAUUUGUGGCAUGGCCCAAUCCCCGAACACUUCAUUCUUUAGUACCUGUUUCCACUCUCUCGCUGUCAAGAAACGGAAACUAUUGUAUAACAUCGCUUUGAGGAAUCGAAAAGAUCAGCUCGCACAGAUUUCCAAAUAAGAGGCAACUGUGCUUGCUUCAAGCUGUUUAUUUGUCACUCCCAGGUAAGGUUUACUGUGAAACUGACACAUUAAGAAAGAGAGAAUUCGAAAUUGUAUAUUGAAACACCAAAAUGCAAAACUGUACAUAUAAUAACAGAAGGCCGCUAGCUUAAUGCUAACAUAAUGCGAAACACCGUAGCCUGGCUAAAGUAAAAUUAGCAUUAGCAUGCGUCACGCUGCAUCUUUUCCAGUGGACUCUAAUGUUGCCCGGCAUGUUGUAGCACAACGUGGUACUACACUGAAGGCGCAUAACUCUAAAUUCGGACUGUACACUGUGAAAACCCAUGAAAAAUUAUCAUGAAAAAAAAUGGCGAUAUAAAACGAUAAACGAUGAACCGCGAUAUUCCUGGGGUUCACUGUGUAUAUAUAUUUAUAUAUAUAUAUAUAUAUUAUGUAUGGUAGCUUUACUGUGGACUGAUGCGGUCCAAAGCUUUGUACAAGUGCUUCUGUCUGCCUUUUUCCGCUAGUGUCGUCCUAACAAACAAACAUGUGAUAAUCGGUGUAUUUGCUGUGCUAAUACGUGAUAUGUGUAGUAAGUCCAUGAUGAUUAAUAUUUUGAUUAUUUUUGUAAAAAAAAAAAAAAAAUAUUUUUUGACGGCGAUGUGGUAAUGUGCCGAAUUGUCUGUCCAUUUGCGUAAAUCUCAUUUGUAAGUAAUUUUCAAACAAAGCACUUGGCCUUCCUUACCUCAACGUAAUCGAAUGCCAUCGCAUCUCACCCUAGCGCUAGCCCCAUGGCUAAUUUGCUAGUGGUAAUCUAGCGCUCGCGACUUCUACCCUCAAAAAGUGAUGCCGUACAAAUAGGAACCGAGUGAAUCAGUGGUAUGAAACACGUCUAUGCUAUUAGCUUAGCGGUGCAUUCUAAACAUGGUGUCUAAUGUGCAAAAUGAUUUGAUUGUUAGCGCAAAAUUAGCUCCAAACAAUCAUUUUUUUGCCAGGUUUGUGGCUAUUUCCAACAUUUGGUAGCGCUGGGUCCAAAACUAGCUAGCUAGCUCAGAAAUGCGUUAUCAAGCGCUUGCGACUUCAAUCUACCAAAGAGAUGACAUACUUUUAGGGGCCAAAUUAAUUAAGGAUGUUAGACAACAUGAUCACAUGGUAACUAGCGCUAAAGAGUUGGAACCCUGGUUUCAGAACAAGCUAACAUUAUGAAAUUUCAAAUAAACGUAACACAAAAAGCCCUUCACUUUCUUUACCUUGGCAUAAUUGACUGAUUAUCAUUACUCGAUUAGCAGGAAGGAAUCUAAACAUGGUGGCUAAUAUUUCACUAUUUUAGCUACUAAAUUAGCGUAAAACUAUCAUUCCAGCCAAAUUUAAGGAUAUUCUAAAGAGGCGGUAGUGCUGGUUCUACAACUAGCUAGCUCAGAAAAGUGUAAUUGACUGUUUUCUCAUGCCACAUACUCUUCCUGCGGCCAACUUGUUAAUGCUAAUGCACUUCUCGUGACUUGGGUGCUUUUAGUGAUGACGUCCAAAUAGGAACCGAGGGAACCCAGGAUGUUUAAAGUGAUUGUACGGGAGAUUUUAAGAUUGUGAUUAACUUCAUGGCUAAUGUGGAAAUCAAAACAUGGCGGCUAACAUUCAGCUAAGGCACAAGAGGACAGUUAGCGUAAAAUUUGUGUAAAACUAUCAUUUUAGCCCAUUAAAAAAAAAAAUUCUCUCAGAGUUGAUAGCACUGAUUCGAGACCUAGCUAGCUUAGAAAGACGUCAUUUUUCACAUCCCGCGUGCUUGCCCUACAGCUAAUUUACUAAUGCCACUGUAGCGCUUGCAAUUUGCCUGCUUUAAGUGCGGACGCCCAAUCAGGAACUGAAGGAAUCCAGGAUGUUUAAAGUGCACUAAUACUUGGACAAAGAUGCUGUUUUUAUUUAGUUAUUUUUUAGCCUGUAGCAUUGCUAACCGUAGGCUACCUGCUAACAGAGGCCACAGUAAUCCAAUACAGGAGCUUUAUUACAGCAAAUAUUUUUGCCGUAGUGGUAUUAGUUUUUUUCAGGGGGAGCGAUCCAAUUGUUAAAACGUCAAUUUUCCAAAUGUCCCCCUUAAUACUGAGGAUGACAAAAUUUUAUUCUAUUAAGUUGUGUAUUGAAAUGAAAAAAUAAUAAUAUUGUGCCCACUGAAUACUUGCGGUGCAGACUACAUUCUGGCACCAUCAAUCUAGUACGGUUUCUAGAUUGAAUAUAUUUGGCGGGAAAAAGGCACUAGUACACUUGUUCCUCCUUGAUUGAUUCGAAAGGAAUUUUGAUGAAAUGAUUGAUAGUAAGAAAAGCACAAUUAUCUCCACACUCAUUCACUUUUGACGCUCAAUCAAAUGUAAAUAGUGCUGGGGGAGGUGUAUGUAGUACUUGUAUAUAAGAUGUAUAACCAGAGAUUAUUUGUGACAUUAACUCUCAAUUUUUUUUGCAGGGGUGGGCAAAGUAUUAUAUGAGUUAUUUAAAAUGUCUGGUUUUAUUCAUUUAUCCCACUAUGCCUUGUCACUGGGAUAAACAAAAUCAGUAAAAAUAAGUUAUUUGACAGUUACUUUAUUGAAUAAUUGGCUAAUUAAUUACAAUUGAAUACAUUAUAAAUAAUUAUAAGAAUUAUUAUUAUUUUACUGUUAAAAAUAAUUUCACAUAGACAUUUGACCUUUUUUAUUUUAUGAGCUGGCUCAUUUGUCCCAAGUUAAAAAUCUAAUGUGACCCUUGAACUUAAAACUUUGACCUGCCCUCCCGUGAUGUAGUGUCAACUUGAAUGUAUUUUCAUCCCGUGUGUGUGCGUGAAGGAGUGUGUGUGUGCUGUUCCUCGUCGUGGUGACCUUUGUGAGCCGGGAAGCACUUUUUGUUGUGACACGUGAUGGUUUGUGUGUUUGUGGCGUAUUUUUGCUGCCUUAUAGUCCAACUUUGCCAGUAUUGUCUAUAGAUCAUACCACCCGACACACUUAUGCUCUCGUGUGGGGCUUUUGCACUUUUGCCUACACACACUCUCACACAAACUAUAUAUAUAUAUAUAUAUAUAUAUAUAUAUAUAUAUAUAUAUAUAGACACACACACACACACGAGCCUAUGAUGUGCAAUGUCGUUGUUCCUUAAUGAGGGUGACAAAUGUGCUUAUAAGUAACCUUGAAUGUGCAAUCAACAAUAAUCUGUUUUAUUUUUUUUGUAUUCAGCAAAACCUCCAAAGGGAAAUUUGCCCCAAAAAAUUAAGAAUUUGCCUCAAUGAAACAUAAAUGUCUCUAAAGCAAAUCACGUAUAAGAUUAAAAUGUAUUUAAAAUUGUACCAAACUAAAUGCUAAAAAACAGUUCUCAAAGAUUAAAUGCAAACGUUUUGAAGUUAAAAGUUAAAUACAACUGAACUCAACUCAACAGAUGGACUGGAUUUUAAAACUGCAACAUUAAACAGUUUCAACAUUCAAUUCAGUGAUUCUGUGGCAUACCACUAGAGGGAGUCCGUGUACCACUAGUACACUAAUACCACACUUUAUUACCCAGCUAGUUCAUCAAGCAGAUGCUAACUGUAGCAUGUAGCUUAAUGUCUUUCCGUCACCUGUCGCUUAGGCGUCUUCGAAGGCUGUGCAAUUUUACGUUAUUUGGGUAUUUUUAUUUGCUAGUCAAUAUCGAUACUCUGUAAUAGCAUGUAGCUGAAAAGCUAAAUAGCUACUUACUACCUUCUCUUUAUACUGAAAUUAUACACAAUUAGCCUGUACAUUUAAAAGAUUUACAACAUGAAGCGUGUUUCCACGUGUACUAACCUUUUUCUGAAAAACACACCUAUUUGCUUUCUAUAAAGUCAGGGGAGGAGCUUCAUUCGGCGAGGCCACCUCCUGUGUGAUCUAAAAGUUGUGCUUUACCGCCAUCUUGUGGCAUCUAUUAGGAACUACCAAAUCGCACACUGUUAAGUUUAGUGUUGCACUUUGGAGGUUGUGCUGUAUUUUUAUUUUUUCCGACACUUCGACAUGGGCGGCACCCGACCAAGAAGUUUUGGCGCCCGCUAAUGGCUAACCGAAAACUUUAGCGUGCGUUAACGGCGGCACGCUCGCGCUUCCAGCUGGGCUCCCUUUGCACGUGCAUGCAUGCGCUUCCUCGCCUUGCCCUGCUUACUCUGUGGGAUGUUGCGCCUCCUAUAUAUGCACAUAUAUAUAUAUAUAUAUCUUUACGUAUCUAUCCACGUCUAUCUAGUAUCUAUCUAUGCUAUAUUAUCUAUAUUCAAGUCAGUGUGUGGCUUUGUAAGUAGCUGGUCCAGCUUGUAAUUGUCGUGUUUGGGCUUCGUUUGUGUUUCUAUCCGUGCCGCCAGCAUGCCGAUUUCGCCACUACGCUCUGUCUUCUUCUUCUGCCUUUUCUGUCGCUUCUGCCUGCGUGUCACAUUAUAUUCUCGCUGCAUGUCCUCUUCCAUGGCUGGCCGGCCGGCCGCACUCUGCCUCCGUAUUUAACCUCUCUCUCUCUUUGGCCCGGGGGGCCUCUGGCCGCAGCGAGUCGUCGCCGCCGUUCGGGAGUCUCGACGUCGUGUCGGAUGUUUUGUUUCAGGAUGGACAUUUGAGCCCUUGAAGCAGGAAAUAUUGAUCGAAUCCUCAUUAUUUGCUACUGUAAGCAAUUAAUAAGCCUUCAUUGACACUAGAUAAUAUGGUGGAAAUGUAUAUUCUGUAAAGUGAUGUGCUGGAGUCAACAUGCAUUUGUCCUGAAAUAUGUAUUACUCUUUGGCGAAGAAAAUAUAGGAAUAAAUAUUGUAAGUAAUCCAAAACAUAAA